CUGCACAAGUGGGGACUAAAGUAGAGAGAGAAGGUGGAAACCUGGAGGGAAUAGAAGAAAUUGCUACAAAACAACAGCACUCAUAUUGGAUAGAUAUUUCAUCGCUUUGCUAUGGUUACAAAGACAGAGCAGUGACAUCGUUCGUUUUUCAGACAUGUUGUUUGGUCGAUGUACAGCGAGGUAGCUAGCUGGUCCUGGGUUCGCUCAUCGAAGUUUUGGCUGAAGAAGUUUAACGUUACAGUGGCACGGCUAACCAUCAACGUAAUCUCCGGGACAGCCUUCUACUUCUGAUACAUCCCUACACAAUUAAAGACAGAAAAACAUGGUGUCCUGGAUAAUUUCGAGAAGCGUUGUGCUGGUGUUUGGGACUCUGUAUCCUGCAUACUACUCGUACAAAGCUGUCAAGACCAAAAAUGUCAAGGAAUACGUGCGAUGGAUGAUGUACUGGAUUGUGUUUGCACUCUACACUGUGGUGGAGACCAUCACUGACCUAACACUGGCAUGGUUUCCUCUGUACUACGAGCUGAAGAUAGCCAUUGUGAUCUGGCUGCUGUCCCCCUACACAAGAGGAGCAAGUCUCAUUUACAGGAAGUGUCUGCACCCUCUGCUGUCCUCCAGAGAGAGGGAGAUAGAUGAGUAUAUUGUGCAGGCCAAAGAGAGGAGCUAUGAGACCAUGGUCAACUUUGGCAAGCAGGGACUGAGCAUCGCAGCCACUGCUGCUGUCACUGCAGCUGUCAAGGGUCAGGGUGCCAUCACAGAGAAGCUGCGUAGCCUGAGUAUGCACGACCUCACGCAGAUAAGCCAGCAGGAUGACAGAGGGAACCAGCUCUACCAGUACAGCUCCCACUCAGCCAACCCCGCCAUCAGGAGAUCUCAGAGCAGUGACGCUGCUGACGAAGCUGAGUACUUUUAUGACCAGGAGGAGAGGACGGAUGAAGAGACCGAACCUACCUUCUCUGAAGAUGAGGCUGUUACCCAGAAAGGACUGAGGCGAUCCCAGAGCGUGAAGAUCACACGAUCCAGAGUACGCAAAGACGCUCGUUAUGGAUCCCUGAAGAUCAAAGGCAAGAAGAGACCAGCUCUGAGCGCUGUUAACUAUGGAAUGUGAAGAGACUGCUGCUGACACACACAGCAGCACAGCCUGCUGAUUGGUGGAGGGUCUUGUCAGCCUAUAUUCCAGCUCUUCCAGUCUGACUUUUCACUCUGCUGAACUCUUCUGUCUCUUUGAUGAUGAGCUCUGUUCUCACAUAUUUAUUACCGAAUUCAUCCAAAACCUGCGACUCCAAGAAGCUGUUCUCAGAGGACCGUGUCGUUUUUCUUUGGGUUGAUGGUGUACGUGUUUUAUGCAUGAUGUGCGUGUUUCAUCUGUUGCUCAUUAUAGUUUAAUUGUAGUUUUUAAGGGUGAUCUUAUAGUUUAUGUUUAGUCUUUUAGAUUUUAGGUCCAGACUUGAGUCUUCUUGAUGAAAGUUUUGUGGUACCACUCUCUAAUACGGCAUCCUUUAUAAAGGUGGCCUGUAACUAAUGGCUAACUAACAGCAAAAGCAGUCAUUUACUCAUGUUUUCAAGCACAGUUAUAAGCCUUUAAUAAGAACACCUUAGGGUUGCCAGGUUGUGAGAAUCCUUUUGGCUAGUGUUGUGUAACAGCUUAUUCACAUUUGCAGCUCCUGACUUCUUAGAUUAUCACAAAGUGAUACCAUGACCCCUUAUUAAAGCUGCAUUCAUUUACAUUUUGGCCACUCAGGGACAGCUGACUUUUAAUAUUUCCUCCUUACACAUGGAUCCACUGUUAAUGUAAAACCAUUGAUUAAUGCAGUUUUAAAACAAAUAUGCAGCUUUUGAAAGCAGAGAUUCCAUUCUUCCUCUCAUAAGGGAAGAGCUGAGUUUCUGAACAAUAAAACACACUCUGGGUUUGCAGCUACAGCGUUACGUGGUCUAACAGUGACAUAUGGUGGCUGAUGGUCAGCAAACUGUAGAUAGAUGUUGAUCAACACUAUGAAUAUCUUCCAGGAGACAGUCUGAAAAUGUGCACCAUUAUAUUCACAUUUAAAGGAUUUAAAGGUGCCCCCCCCCCUCUCUAUGAUGACUCCGCCUUCACUGUGGCUGUUCUGUCAUGAUCAGAGCACAUGUUAUACCAACUAGUUCUUUUCUAGCACAACCCAGCCUUAGACUACAUUUCAGCAUGUUACAGAAACAUUUGUGUGAAAGGCACAGUUAAAUGAAUUGUAAGUGACACUUGUGGCUGCUGUUUAUUUAAAGUUCUGGUCUUGCUUUAAAGAUGCAUUUUCACAAUGGAUCAAAUAACUCUAACACAGAGAGAGAGUUAUAACUUUGCUGAUUGCUGCUUUAAGCUUUACUGUUUUGGAUCAGUGUGGCUGCUCUGAUAGAGCUGUUUUCAGUACUUGCCUGACAACAAACAGCAGUUAGCAACUAGCUGAAGGUGGAAGAUUCAAUAUCAGACUUUAUCAGCUUUAAAGUUUUACUAACAUUUUUAGCAGCAAACAUGAUACAUGCCCAGAAAGAUUUGACCAAUUUAGCAUUUUAAAAUGUUUUUUUAUAUUAAUGGCUUCUACAUGAGCUAGAAAACCUUGUUAAAUUAUUGUAUUACCCAUUAUGUUAGCGAUUUGUCUCAUCUUAAAUGCAGUUUAAAAAGAGUUCCUUAUUAAAAUGUGGUGCCAGUUUUGCUUCUGCUGCUUUUCAGGUGUUUUAUCAAUGAGGAACUUGUUCCUAGUUGAUCCUCUGACACCACUGUUGGAGUCUAUCAGCAGCGGGACACAUGAAGGUUUAGACACGUGCAACAUUCCCUGUCACCACGGUGACAAUUUGAGAGUCCUGAAUUGCAGCAGGAUACCAGCAGUUCUAUCAUGAACAUCUUUAACUUUAGCGUAGCGGAGUGGAAUGAGCCAGAUGUUGAACUGAGCCUGUGUGAGUGGAACACCAGCAGAUGAACACUAUGCCUUCCUCCUCACAUUGAACACCAAUGAAGAGAAAGAAAGGGAAGAGGAAACAGAGAAAACAGAGCUCCCACUCACUAUUAAUGAUGAUUUCUUAUUUUCCUGCUCUUCACUCGUGUAUUUUUAUACGACUGUGUCCUGAUCCCUCCCCUGAUUGUAAAUUUCUAGCUGUAUUUCUUAUUGAGAAUUAGCCUUUUAAAUGUUUUUUUGUGUGCGUUUCCUUUGGAUCUAAAGGAGUCUUUUGUAUUGUAAUCACCUGUUUUGCACAUAUACCUCCUUGUCAUCUCAUUUUUUAAAGUACUUUGCUGUGGGAGGAUGCAGAACACAGCUGAUACCAGCGGCCUCUCAUGACAUCCCAAAGUUUGGCUUGUUAUUGUUGCGUGGUACUGCUGACAGGCUGUAGAAAGUUUCCUCUGCAGUUGCUGUUGUGGAAAGUCUUUAUCAGUGUGCGUCUGAUUCAGCAGUACCUCUGGCUAAACCUUUACUGACCCAGUAACAUUCCCAAAAAUGACAAAGUUGAUGCAGAUGGGUGAGUUAAAGGACAGGUGGAAGGGUUGAGUAUGUGAAUAAUGUGAUGUCACUGGGCCCAGUUCAAUAUCUAUGGGACAUUCUGACAUGACGUGUUAAUUACAAAUGCGAAUUUCUACGACUGCGUAGCUGUGAGGUUUCCUCGUGUCACACAAAGGAAACUUGUCAUAUGCACGCCUACUUAGUGAACAGUAUUGGGAGAGCAGGCAGUGACGGCUGUUAAUGCACUGUGACAGUCCCAAGACCUCUUACAAAUCCAUUAGAAGAGAGCCUAGCACAUGACAGCUUGCAGGGCAUGAAUUAUCUCUGUAUAUGUUGAUGAUUUUUGCCACAAUGGAGCAGCCUAACAUUAUACCAUGUUCAAUACAUGUUAGAAUACUCACGCUGAGCUGAGCUGAGUGACUAUUGAAGCCAUGCUGGCAUGGUAGGAAUGGUUUUCCACAGCAGAGCACGGCAAGGUAAAGGAAGUAGUUUGCCUGGGUUAUGUGUUAGUUGCGUCUUUUGAAGGGAGGCUCUUCAUUUCAUACACUUGAAGAAUCUGUGAUAGGAUGCCCUGAAUCUGUUCUGAAAGCUUCUUUGUAAAGUUCUCUUUAUACUUUCCAUGUGAGCUGCAAGGAUCUGUGUCAUGUCAAUUUUGCCAUCUGCUCAUGUUUGUAAGAGACUACACAGAUGUCUUGCAUCUUCUUGUCCACCUAUGUGGACACUCAUUGUAUCAACAGAGCCCGAUGUCUGGUUUGGAGUAUAUCAGGACCUCAAAACACUGUUGUCACACUCAUCUUCUGUGAGUCUCUGGAACAGCCCGCCACACACUGAAGGCAGCCCACCAUGCCGACAAGUCUUAAUCAAUAUCCUCUUACAGAGACCUCAUGGGUAGCACGCUGGGUUUACCAGAGCUCCAAACAGGCUCAUGGAUAGGAAGUCGGACCCCGUCCGACCUGUGCUGAGGUGCAAUAACAAGCCAGACCUUUUCAUUUCAUGAUGUCUAUUUAAUGCUAAUAACUGACUAAUGAUACCAAAGCUUCAUGUACUCACCCGGAGCUGUGUGACCGGGGUUUUUGAUCUGUGUGGGGAAACUGUCUGGUGUGGAUUGCUGGAUUGUAAAUGCGAUGCAAUAAAGGCUGUCCGAUUACAGUAAGGGCAACA